AUGCUUUGGUGUCUGGUCUUCGUGUCAGUUGUCGCUGUCGCCGUCGGGCUUGUGCUCCUUUUUACGCGGAAGUACGAAGAGUUGGAAGAUUCGGUUGCCCUAAUUACUGGUGCUGGUGCUGGCCUUGGUCGAGCUCUGUGUCUAGAGCUGUCUAAGUACUGCAAGAAUGUGAUUGGGUGGGACGUCAAUGAAGAAGGCUUGAAGGAAACAGCUCGCCAGGCUCUUGACCUAUGUGGUGUGCGGAUCAAGUGUCAGAAAGUUGACGUCAGGUUUGUUGAGAUCAUAGUUUCAUCAUUUUAGUUGUGCUGUAGAUGUUCAAAAGGCCGCUGAAGAGUUACGACGCGAAUUUGGAAGGGUAACUAUUUUAGUAAACAACGCUGCCAUUGUCGAUGCGAAAUAUGUGCUAGACCACGCAAGAAAAGAUGCCGAGAGGGUAUUUAAUGUGAAUUUAUUUGGUCCCAUUAACGUGAGUCCCUUAUUUGUUUUUCCACAAAUUCUCCCACCUAAUUACAGCUGCAUAUCACACAAAGACUUCGAAUGGUUUCUAUAACAUCUCGAGCAAUGCUUAUCCAGAGCGUUAUUAUGCGUAUAUUUAAUAAUUACUGAGAUCCCGGUUUGUGGGUAGAGCCUUUUUUGUAUUAGAUUGCGCUUAAAGACGCUGAGGGCGUACAGUCGACGAAAUGCACACAGAAAAAGGCUAAACCAGGUUUAAACUGACAGCCAUGGGAUAUUAAAGAAUAUGUUGUUUGGCAACCAAAGCAUGAGAAUAUUGAUGCCGAAUUCAAGUGAGUAUACUGGCAAUUAUGUAUAUUGCAGUGCUCCAUGGUCGUAGUUGUGGCCGGUUGUUGAUUUGUCAUCUCUGUGAUGUCAUUCGAUCUGCUGUGAUUUGUGCAAAACAUUUUCAAGCUUCUGGUAGUCAUACCUUAUGCCAGAAUUAUCUGCCCUUGGCUAACACCGAAUAUAGUUACUUAUCUUGCCGUAUACAUCUUUUAUUUGGUCAUGCUCAAUUGAUUCGUGAUUUAGGUUCUAAUUUAGCCCUUAACCCAAAUGAUGGCUGAUGUCAUCACCGAAUUCUCGUUAUUCAUUAUUGGCUACUGGCUACUUGAUAAUUUCAUAUACCUAAUGUGCUGCAGUAAGCUGGUGCGCGCAGAAUUCUGACUUUGUAUGCAAGACUCAAACGGCUGCACUAGACUCACAAUUUUUGACGAAAGUGGGCGUAAGCUGCAUUUCCCCAUUCCGUCCUCUGGUUAAAAUAUCCAAACAUUGCACCUCCGGUAGCGGACUUCACACUUCCGCAAAAUCAUUUGUGCUAUUGACCAGUCGAGGAAUAGAGUUCUGUCAUAUGAGGAGCUGACCGCCUAACUGUGCCAAUGUUUAUUUGUCCUGAGUGUGUUCUAAAGACUUUGUUUGAGUUUGUGUAACUAAGCCUCUUCUGUUGUACCAAAAUGGCUUCUUGCUGCUUUUUUCCGUGUUCAUUAUUGGAGAAUCCCAACGAGAACUUUGGCCACCUUCUGAGCCUCCUACAAAGACGGGGACUUCUAGACUUCAAGAAGUAAAAAAAGCUUCAAGUUGGGCAAAGAAUGGUCCUAUUUCCGCCUUGUUUUCUCUAGCGUUAUAGAAUUGCCACUUCCUUCAAUAGCCGACAUUGCCCACUUUAACGUUUUGAUGACUGCCUUUGAGUCUACUGACCGGAGUUCUCUACGAAGGAUCAUAGAAGGUGGUAGACUGUUUGUGAUUGCUUAACAUCAUAUGUGGGCACCACUGCGAUUUAAACUUAGUUCAAGACUAAAAACAAUAAGGAGAUUUCCUAUGGUCCAUUUGCACAACCAUGUGGAGGUGUGUUCUUUCCCAGUCUUCUACUAAGCGGCUGAUAAGAUUCCUUCAUGAUCCUUGCAUAACUGUGCACGCGUUUCAUACCGUUAAACACCCCUCACCGACCCUGCUUGCGGCUACGUUCGUCGUUUCGAUUCGUCGCUAAUAAUUCGCUGUUGUCCGUAUUUAUUAACCGUCUCUCGAAAGAAGUUAAGCCUUCUGGCGUGCUGAUCGCCUAGAAACUAGUUGGCUGCAUCUGUCCUUUAUGAUUUACACAGCCAUUCGUUGGAGACGGUCAGAUAUUGGCUGUACUCAAAAUUGAUUGACUACGUACCCGUCCAAGCGUUCAGUGAUAGACUUCCGCCUGGUGCGUUUUGCCGAUACCGGCAUCAAUAAUGGCUUCGACCAUGUUCUUGUAAAGACCUGGCUAUGACUAGGACUGCAUGUUGCCAAAGACAGCCUGCGGGGGAUUCGUUUUGGCUGUCCCUAUCGUGCCAUUAUCGUUUGCUCUCGUCUCGCUGUCUUUAAUUGAUUCGCCGCAGAGACGCAGAUGAAAGCAGCCCCUGAGGUGCUAAUUAGUCAUCGCAGGCGUUACCUCAAUGGUCGGAGAUCGGCCUUAGCGUUCUAACCACCUGAUAUUUCGGAUUUGCUGGUUUUUUUGCGCUUAAGGAGCUUCCUUCACGAGAUCGUGGGCUUCGCCUAUCUGGACCGCAACGAACUUGGGAGAGCAACGGCCUCAUAUUUCGAACGCGUUCUGCCUACCAGCUUGGUACCGGGGAGUUGUGUCGGGUUCUGUAGAUGAGUCAGUUCAGUAAUCUCCCAUCCUCGAUGUUUGGGUGCAACCAAGUUGUUGCAGUAACGUUACAGUCAGGGUGAACACUCAGGUGAAAGGAUUUUUUUUGCCGUCUUCUGAAUCGUCCGUAUACUGUCUAUUUUGAGGAUUUUUUUGCACUUAACUGUGCCGACCACUGUAGCCGUUCAUUCCCAUCUACAAUCGGCUAAAAGGCCUGGAAAGUCUGCAAAAUGUGCUUCUCGGUGGCACAACUAGGUUGUGGAUUAGAUCCUUCCCAAAAGGUGAAUACGAAGUUCUCUGUCGGACUGGGUAAUUAGCCGUAAUAUUUCAGAAUGGUGUGUGGUCAGUACAACUACCGUGAGUGAUCAAUUUUAUAAAAUGUUGAACGCAAUCCUGAAAUGCGUUUUCGAGUAGGAAGGAUUACUUAGGUGGGGUUGUAAUACUGAUUAUCAUGAGGCCAAGUCCUAUAAUUCUCCGGGUUCGCCAGGAUGUCGGCUCUUGAAUGCACGUCUUUUCGACCUUCCGUAGAAACCGCACUCAGUAGAAAAUGACUUCUUAAGUAGCAUGCACAUUUCACACUGAUUUUAGGUGAUUUUAGGUCUUAUGAAUUUAAAUAUGUUUUGAUAGAAAACAUGCGAAAAAUAUGCUUUCUUUUAAUUGUCUGGUAGAGAAUCACGUUGUCUUCAUAGUUUAUGUCCGAAGAAAGGGUAUAUUUAGGUUUCAAGAAAGUUUCCCAAUUCAUGAAUAAUUUUGAGCCUGAUCGGCCGUUGCAUUAGGAUUUAGCGCUUUCAGUCUGCAAGGUGUGCGCUCCCCUCGUAACGAAAAUCGUAUAUUCCUUUGUGCCUUUAAGAAGGUGCUCUGCAGAGUUCAUGAAACCUUACAAUGAAUGCGGACUAUCUUGUACAUUUCACGAGGAGCAUUGGUAGACGGGCAGGUACCAUGCUGUAUGGAUGUACUUUUCACGGUCUUAAAAAAUCUCAUAAUUAGAAACUUUUCUAAAACCCAAGUGUACCCUUUGGUCGACAGUCACGUUGCUCUCACCUUUUAUACCCAAACGAGUAAAAGAAAGGAUAUUUUCGUGCGCGUUUUCUAUGAAAUAUAUUUGAAUUCAUAUGACCAUCGAAAAUCAAUGUGAAAAGUGCAUGCUACUUAGGUAGUCGUUUUUUACUGAGUGCGGUUUCUACAGGUCGAAAAGAAGUGCAUUCAAAAGUCGACGUCCUGGCGAGUCCGAAAUAUUAUUGGAUCAUGCUUCAUGGUAAUCAAUAUUACAACCUCACCUAAGUAAUCCUUUCUAAUCGAAGACGCAUUUCAGAAUUUCAGCCAACAUUUCAUGAGAUCGGUCACUCACUGUACAUUAGUCCCCUCCCCUCCCCCGCAAAAAAUGAGCUGCGCCGCCGCGCUGGAUUUAAACUGGACUACAUAGUUCCGUAACACGCGUUUGGUCGACUGCGUUGUUGUGCUGAUCAUCAGCGAUGGCCACAUACGCUCGUCUCUGGCCAGUUUGGCCUGGACCCACCACUGAUAAAGGAUGGGAGAGAAAAGGGAGACAGACCCAACGCAUAUCCUUCCCAUUGUUUUAGAACUCGACCUCAUCGUCACCCGGCUUAGGCAUGUCACUGGUGGAGGAGGCGAACCGUCCCGGUACAGAUUCCACAAAUACUUUCACAAUACUGUUACAACAAAGCAACAGUCACGACCCUUGAAGGCUGCAAACUGAUCGAUAAGGCGUACCUUCUGGCCAAGGGUCAGAUUGUAAUGAUUUACUGCGACUUUUCUGACAAUCCGAAACCUGGUUCUUGUCCGCGUCUUAACCAGCUCGUGCGCAAUCAUCGAUCGAACCGUUGAGCCCUCGCCCACCUUCAGUCCUCUCAAGUUUAUAUUACCAUUGGGACAUGGUGGGUGCAAAAACAGAAGAGUUGAUGUAGUAAGUGCUGUUGUAGUUGCAAUUUUCGUGAUACAAAUGACUAUUAAAUCACUUCCGGGAGCGAUGGUAGAAGACCAGACCGCGGUCAGUCUCAUUUAGUAACUUGAUCAUCGAGUUUAUUUUUCGGUUCAAACAGCCAAAUUUUACGUAUCAGUAUGAAUAAUUUUCUCCUGCUCACUGUCAUCUGUAUAAAGGAGUAGAUUCCUGUAAGUGGCAUCAGCGAUACUAGGCACUGGUGCAUCCAGGAUAAUACUUCUUUGUAAUUUUUUGUCAAUUACCUGUACUAUGACGGUAGCAUACACUGAGUAACCAUUUGAAGCACAGGUUGUUGAAGUUUAGUGUUCACUGCCUCUAUCUCUCCCCUAAGCUCGUUCACAUCUUCUUGCCGGAUAUGCUUGGUGAGGCCUAUGAUAGGGUCCACGGUUGCAUCCCAGAUUCAAUUCGUCAAACCAAAUCUACAUUCCCAGGACCAUUACGUAUUCCGAAUGGCCACGUUGUCUUCACCUCGUCGAUUGCCGGUCAAGUCGCAGCGCCGGGACUCUCAACCUACUGCGCUUCCAAGGCAGCUCUCUCGAUGUUUGCUGAAUCUCUGGGUCUAGAGCUUGCGCGACUGGAAAUUUCUGACAAAAUUCAUGUUAUGGACGUUCGUCCCUUUUACAUGAAUACAAACAUGUUCAGUGGCUGCAAGUCGAGGUGAGCAAGUACCUUUCAUAAGUUGGCAGCAAAUGAAAAUAUAGGUACUCUAGUAAAUGAUUUGAGCUAGCUGUUAUGCACGUCCUCAGUCUUCAGAGUCGCUUAAGUAGGCGUCAUUUGUUGUGUUGCCCGCCUUCGCACCGAUUUACCUGCCGUCUACAGGUGUGUUGAUUCUUGCAGUCAAACUUGUCGCGUCAUGUUGAGUGUCAGCAUGGUUUGACUUUAUGCUUGUCGUUUUUGCUGUGUCCUUCCCCCAACCUAAACGCGCGUACCGAUUACGUGUUCCCCCUUCUCUGCGCUCUAUUGCGAUACCUCCCCAUAUCUUUGUUACUUUCUGACGUCGUUUGGAUGUCGCCAACUUAUAAAUUCACUGAUUCUACCUGGUCCCUCUGAACCUCUUUAUUUACGUCAGUUUGCACAACCUGCAAUGGUUCAAUAAUAUGUGCUAGUACUGGUGCAUGUUAUCAUGUCAGCCAACGGGUCCUCCAAUGGACCGAAUAAACAUGAGCUAGUGACAGUUCGAUAGUCAUGAGCGACGAUGUCCACCGUGUGCUCCACAGCGGGUGAGAGCAGAGACGGUGACUUAUGCCUGAUUUAUCUUGUAGGGAUAGUAGACUUUCUCUGCAUAUACCGCACUUUCUCCUGCCCCACCUACACCCGAUGUCAAAGCAGAGUCAAGAAGACUAGAGGUGGAAGAGAGCGCAGAUGCCUGGCACGGCGAAAACCGCACCUGGGCAUUCCAUCACAGCCUCUGGUCCGCCACGUACACUGACCAGGAUUUUACGCCGACAAAAAAAGGGAAUGACUCGGAUCACACUGAAUUGGAGUACUAUAGAGGCCAUAUUAAGAACGACCUAUUACAGCCUGAGUCAGUCCACCAGUCGACCACUCCACACAAACAUGCUGGACUGACUGCGAGGUCCGAUUUAUCCCGUCAGUUUCCAACCUCCCAAACCACGGCUUUUAACAUACCGUGAUAUCUUCAAACACAUCAGGCUCUUUAUAGUGAGGAUUUAUGCGCUGAGAGUCAAACUCACUCUACCCUAUCUCUUGCACCAGUAUGCUGCCCGAGCUAGUCAAUACAAGCCCCCCAUGCACCCACUCCAUUACUUCACACACAAGGGGACGGAUCCAUCGGAUCUCGCAUGCGGCAGAGAAGCCGCAUGAAGAAUGGAGCCGAAGAGCACACUUACAUGAAAGAACCCGGUGGUGUGGGAUGUUGCAGGUGUUUAUGCAUGGUGCAUGUGUUGGGGGAGAAAUGUGUGGUCAUGUGUGCGGUGAUUUGCCGCAGGCAUUCGUGAAGGUGCUGGUAAUCAUUCUGGCACAGUAUAGUACGGCGUGGAUGACAUCAAUCAACAAUUUGAUAGUUUAAGCCAUCAGAUCCGGUUAGUCCACUACCUGACCCCGCCUGAUCACCCAUUGCCUUUCCCGCCUGUGACCGGCACAGUCAGAAUGGACCCUUUCUCCGCCUUGCUUAUGUAUGCACGUGGCAUGAACACCGUUUCUUUUCCUAAACCACGUGAUGGAGGGGGUUCCACUGUCAACGUGUCCGCUUCUUGACCAGUUAUGGGCUCCUUUGCGAAUUUGCUAAUCAAGUAAACGCUUCUAGUGUGCCAAGUACGUAUACCAAGUUGGAUUCAGUUGUAGUAAUUAUUAGUAUUUCUGAGUUCUAACUAUCCACUUUCCAUUUAAUAUUCUCAUCGAGAACUGCCAACAACUAAGUCGACCUUCCUAAUUCCUCUUGACUUCGCUCUCAUAUAAAUCUAGUUGUUACUUCUAAACGACCUAUACGGGGCACUUUUGUUUUCUUAUAUAGACCGACUCAAUAAGUUUCUUGCUUUAGCUCUCAACCUGAGCCGACGAUGCCAUCAUGUCUCCUUGGCCAGUCAAUUUCUUGGUGAUUUUCUUCUUUCAUUUAAGACUUCCUUUCCUUCUCCCGGUCGUUCAACCAGAAGACGUGGCCCGUCGGAUAGUAAAUGGUCUCCGCCGCCACGAAUCCGUCAUCUACAUUCCAGGCAGAAUAGCUUUGAUUCCCAUGAUAAAGCAGUAAGGACUUGCAUGUCUCUAUCCGAUGUUUUUUGUGGGUAACAUGUCUGGGUGUGCUGUAGUGGCAAAACCGUGUGGAGAUGGCCGUCUGCCAUCGAUUUAUUUGCUCUUUCUAGUUAUAACUUUCUGGUCAUAUCUGUGCUGCCAGGGGUUGUGUGAUUUAAAUUUACGGUGAGUUAUGAGCAUGCAAGACCGUUCCGUGGAAUAUCAUUGCUAGUUGAGUGCUGCGCGAAAUCUUUGACCAGCCAGACGUGCAGUUUUGGUCUACCGUGCCCAGCUGCUAAACAGGAAUUUCUAUGCGCAUGCAACCCGUCACCACAAUGGGUUGUUCAGCCGGACAUGGAUGUCGGCUUUGAGAACUUGCCCGCAUAUCACAGUCGGUGAAGCCCGUCGCACUUGGCCAUAUGAACAGUCGAAAGCUCCUUACAAGUUUCAUUUAAGUAUCUCCGACGCCGUUACUUCCAUCUGUUCAAGCAGCGUUCGCUAGGUGUCUGUGGUUCGUCCCCUUUGACCGCUGCUGAUAACUGAACAGACACAUCCCCGUGCCUCGUGACAGGCCAGUAGUAGUUUAGCGUGCUGUUUUAUCGUACGUGGAAUCGUAGUUUCUGAUACAUCCGUCAUCUGCUAGUUGGUUAUGUGUAGCGUUCGCUUAUUUAUUCGGUCUAGCGCAGCUGGCUAGUGUUGAUUGUUUCCGUGGGAUCUUGGUUGUGUGAAAGUUUAUGACGUGGUCACGCGAUCAAACGAACCGAAGUCCACCUAGAGUCAGUCGGUUAUAGCCGAGUUGUCGAUCAGCGCCAAAGUUACAUUAAUGUCUGCACAAUUUCGGGUCUAGAGACGCAUGGGCACUCCUCCUCCCCCCCCCCUGCUCCUGUUUUUUUUUCGUUUUUUCCCUUGUAUCGUCUGCCACCGUGCAAUCUCCUUUAUUCGCAUGUUUUACACUCCACUUCUUGCGAUUGAGCAACUAACGUGACCCUCAGGAGCAUGUGAACCGCGCAUACGAUCACGCUUGACUGAGCCUACAAUAGGCGGUAUGUCUCCGGAAAUGUUACUAUAAAUUCUGAUAUGUGUUCUCGAUUAGAAGUGAUUAUUAGAUGGGGUUGUAAUAUCGUGCAGCAUAGCCCCAAGAUAUUUCCGUCGCGCCAUAAUGCCAUCUUUCGAAUGUGUGUUUUUACUGCCGUUUGCAAAGGCCAUAUUUGGUAAAAACGACUACUUAAGUAAUGUGUAUUUUAUGCCCAUUUUCGAAGGUCUAAUGAAUUAAAUUAUAUUUUGUAAGAAAUAUGUAUAAAAAUAUAUUUUCUUACACUCAUUUGAUAGCAAAUUAUUUCUUCCAAUGGGUAAGGGUAGCUUUCGGCAUCAAGAAGUUUCGUAAUUAUGAAACUUUUAAGGCCGUGAAAUGUCCAUUCAAAUAACUUCGUACCUGCCCGUCUAUUAAUGUCCCCUGUGAAGUAUUCAACAUUUUCCACGUACAUUGUAAAGUCCUAUGAGACAUUUGCGGUACCUUUUUACCAGCAUAGUUAGGAAACCUUAGUCUCGAGUACAACAAACAUUGUGUUUAAUAUUAUUCGGUAAUGUAAAACCUUUUUUUAGAACUGGAAACUACCCUUUCAUGUAUGACACUGGUAGAGCCCAAGAAAGGGUGUGCAUGUUUUCUAUGGAAUACGUUGUAAUUUGUAAGGGUUUAGGAAUUCAAUAGAAAAAAUGCACAUGACUUAAGUUGUCGUCCUUUACUUCAUUUAGUUUUUGCUGACGGUCGGAAAUAGGCUCAUUCUACGGCGAGCGUCCCGACAUGACAGAAAUAUAUUGGGAUUAUACUGUACCUAAGUAAUCCUUUUCAAGCCAAAACACAUGGCAUUAGGUACGCCAUUUACUGUAUGUUUUGUCCGUCCUGCCUUGUUCUGGGGAAUAUGGGCCAUCUCCUAUCACACCCUUUUGACCCGAAGACACGCUGCGCUAUCUCGAAACUGUCACUCUUGGCUUCUGGCCUCCACUGAAAACAUGCGCUAUUGCGACACAUGUUCACCGGCUUUCUGGCCGGUUACGCGAGUUCUCAUUUCGUCUAUUGACAAGCACGUAUGAGCAGUGCACUUUAUCACAGUGAGAAUCUCCGCUCUGUAGUUUUCUGUCUGGAAAUCUGUCGCACUUGGUCUAACAGCGUCGGUAGUAUUUAUAGGAAUAUCGGAUACUCAACUAACAGCAAUAAGAUUGCCUUUAUUUUGCGACUGUAUUAACCGUCUUUUUUUCUAGCAUUUUGCCUAAUUGGCUUCUGUACCUGCUACUUGUCAUCUCCGGUGGUACUACGGCAGUUGACAACUUCCGUGGAGUGGAACCAAAGGGCUUAUAG